UACAAGUCCCCGGCUCUGCGCCGUGUACUACUACAGCUGGUGGCACCACAUGCGCCGCCGAGCUCCGCAACCCCGCAGCGGCUCCACAUGUCAGGCAUGUCGGCCGGCGGCUCUGAUGGCUCGGCGCCGGGCAGAUCAGCAGAUCCCGACCCUGGGGAGGAGAGCCCGAGUCCAGGUUCGAGCCACAUGGGUUCAUCGCUGUCUGCCUUCGAUCUGCCCAGGAAGCGGAAGGGUGACAUGGAGGAGAGGUCUGAAACGAGUCUGGACUUCCAAAUGGACGAGGACCAUUGCAGGUCCGAAGAAGAGGACCAGCAAAUCAAAAUGAAAUGUUUCAGGGAACCUCACCGGCAGAUUGAGAAGCGUCGACGAGACAAAAUGAACAACCUCAUCGACGAGCUGUCAGCCAUGAUCCCGGCCUGCCAGCCCAUGGCGCGUAAACUUGACAAACUCACUGUGCUCCGGAAAGCUGUGCAGCACCUGAAAGCCCUCAAAUCGGGGACAGGAGCCUCUGCCUUCACCGACACCACCUACAAGCCUUCCAUCCUGCCUCAUGACGACCUCCAGCAGCUCUUGCUCAGGUCAGCAGACGGUUUCCUGUUAGUGGUCAGUUGUGAUCGGGCCAAAAUCAUCUUCAUCUCAGAGUCCGUCUCCAAAAUUCUAAACAUUAGUAGGGCAGAGCUGACUGGGCAGAGCUUAUUGGAUUACAUCCACCACAAAGACAUCAACAAAGUCAAGGAGCAACUGUCGUCGGAGUUGUACCCCCGACAGCGGCUCAUUGAUGCUUCAACGGGGGUUCAGGUUCCGACGGACACUCAUGUUACAAAAUCCCAUCUCUCCGCUGGAGCUCGGAGGUCUUUUUUCUGUCGCAUGAAGCACUGCCGGCAGACGGGGAAGCACCACGACAAACGAUCCAUGCCAAGCGUUUCCAAAAAGAAAGACAACUACAACUACUGUUCGCUCCACUGCACCGGUUACAUGCGAAGUUGGCCGAGCAGCCAAAUUGACUCAGAGGUGGAGGUGGAUAAGGAUACGUCUAACUUGACCUGCCUGGUCACUCUGUGUCGAAUGCAACCCCACAUGUCCCACCAGCCGCCCAAAGACAUCAAAACCAAACCUUCCGAGUUUGUGAUCCGUUGUGCGAUCGACGGCAAGUUCACUUUUGUCGACCAACAAGCCACAACGAUUAUCGGCUACUUGCCACAGGAAAUCCUCGGCACGUCUUGCUACGAAUACUUCCACCAGGAAGACCUGCAGCAUCUCGCAGAGACCCACAGACAAGUUCUGCGUACUAAACAGAAGAUUGAGACUCGCUACCGGUUCAAAACCAAAUAUGGCUCCUACAUUUCCCUCCAAAAUCAGUGGUUUAGUUUUACAAAUCCUUGGACCAAAGAAGUAGAAUUCAUUGUGGCGUUGAACAGGGUUCCCUCCGGGCCCAAGACAGAUGACGCCUCGGCAGGAAGCUCAAAAACUCUUCAGGAAGGAAAACAACUUCCCGCAAUUCCUGGGCUUAACAGCAGCGUGGGCACCAUGAUAUAUGCUGGCAGUAUCGGCAACCAAAUAGCCAACGAAUUUAUCGACUCCCACAGGGUGGGCUCAUCUCCAUCAAGUGGUGUUUCAAGCCCCUACGCCCUCCUCGAGGAGAGGUCUCUUUCAGUUUUACAGGCCUCGAGCCAGAGUCCUUCUAGCAGAGAUGAGGCAUCGGGGAGUUCAUCGCAGUCCCGCUCUGACUCUGGGAACACUGCAGGACCAGGUCGCGCUACUUCUGAAAGUGCAGAUGAGCAGCCUCAACUGGAGCUGGACAACAUGGUGGUUCCGGGCCUGAGCAGCUUCAGCAGCGAUGAGGCGGCCAUGGCGGUGAUCAUGAGCUUGCUUGAGACGGACGCCAACAUGGGUCAGUCUGGGGAGUUUGAAGACUUACAGUGGCCUUUUUAGAAGAGAGGGGGGCACACCAUUUCAACCCCUCCAACAGUGCCAUUUCACUUGCUGUCGGCCUAAACUAUUCAGUCAACGAGUUCAGACUGACAUGACUGACACGCACCAAAGGCCCCAGGCAAGUUGCACUUGAGGUAGCCUAAAGACUAUAGAGGGAAUGUUGGGACUUUACCAAAAGGAAAGAAAGGGUAACGUGUCCAAGAAGUCGGAUUCUGCGUCUUCCUCAGUGACACAUCCUUAUGAUGGCUUGAAGCAGGAUUUUUACAGAGUGACUCUGACUUUGGUCCCCUUGUGAUGUUAGGCCCCUCAGGGGAGGCCAACUACUGCCAUGUGCAGUGCUGCUAAAGAAACUACUCUAAAUAUCCGUGAAACGCUGCAGUGCCCAGUGAUGACAUUCAUGCUCCUUGAAUUUAACGUUUGUCGACGAUUGUUUGAAUUUUGAUAUUGUGUUUUUUUUAAAGGCUAUUUGCUUCAAGUCAUGGGAAUUUUUUUGUUCAGUUUCACGCGCUGCAACAACCUGUCUUGUCCUCGCUAAGAAUUUGUGACUUUCUAGAAAAGAACCACAGCUGCUUGACUCUCAUAUCUCAGCUUGAAGUUACAGCCAUGUGUUAUACUGAGCAGGUCAGACAACCUUCAUAAUUUAUACAGCAAUGUUUGCACACGUGGCCACUUUGAUGAAAACAACACUCAGAAGGUCACUUUUGAUUAAAAAUGGAAACAUGCUUAUUUAUGUAUCAUGUUUGUCGAUUUAGGGUCUCCUGGUUCCGAUGUCUUACAAACCCCAACUGCUUUUUUUGUAUGAAAAAGUAAACUCAGAUGCAGAGAUGCAAACUUGGUGUUGGUGAACGUUUCCGUUUUAUGAGUCAGUAAGAGCCCAUGAGGACGCGCCCUACUGUAUAUGGAGCUUUAUGUGAAGUUUGAAACAGCUGCAAAGUAAACAUUCCUGGCUGUUUUUGAAUAUUUUUUUAGAAGCUGCAGAUGAAUGAAACUGUUGAGUGUUUUGAAAAAUACUAAAAAGCAAUGUCACCAAUAGCUUCGUGCUGUCCCAGUCUUAUGCUGAGUUCCAGUUACCUGCUGGGAACCAAAGAAUAAACAGUGUCACAGGCAUCAACCUGACUAGUGAUAGCCACUGUUUGCAUGGUCUGCACUGCAGUUCGCAUCCACAGCAUGAGCAUUUAAAAUUACAGUCCAGAAAGUACUAUGUUAUAUAUAGGAUUACUAUAUGUAUGCAAUGUACAAAACUAGGUAUUUGACCAAUUAAGAGGCAAAAAAAUAAUAAUUUGAAGUCGAAUAUAUACAGUAUUACAGGAGCUCUACUCAUUGUUUACAGCCAUAUUCGCCCAUCUCCCACCUCCCGAGGCCGAUAUCUGAUGUUGGGUGACGUGUCAUUGGGGGGUUCCCCCUAUUUUCCCACUUCUGAGGACAACUGGAAGGCAGCAUUAGCGUGCUUACUGAACGCAAACCACCCUGCUAAUAAUGCCAGGCAAUGAUUUCAUCACUUAAUUUAUAUUUUCUUCGCGUUAUUCUGUGGUUUUGCCAAUAAGUAAGGAACACAUAACUCGUCUAUGGGAAUUUAAGAAGAGGUGGCCUUUAGAACUUCAACUAGCAAAACGGACAAAGUUAAACAAAAAGCAAUAGUCAGAAGCUACAUUUUUCUAAAUCAAUAUUCAAAACCCGGAUACUUGUUUUUAGUAUUUUUCUACACAUUAGCAAACUAAUUUUGAAUUAAGAAUACUUAAUAGCAUUAAUGCUCUUGCUAUCUGCGAUCUCUGCCCAUGACUACUUUUCUUAAAAUACUUUAUCUUCCAAACUGGAUGUAAUAUGCUUCGCAUUCAUCUUGGCAGCUGGAUAAUAUUGAUAUGCAUGUACUAAUAGCUAGCAUCGACAUAAUGUUAACAGUGUUCAUCACUCAUUGCCUGUAGAACUUUUUGCAUAGCUGUGGUUGAUGCCAAUAACGUUUAUCACGACAAAUUUGCAUUUGCAUUGUGUAUAAUCGUUCUCAAAAUUAGCCAUGGUACGUGAACCAGAGCUCUAUGAGCUUUUCAUUGUGUGGAGGGUUUGAAACCUCUAAAAAUCCCGAGUUAUUUAUUUGUGUUUUUGUUUACAAAAGUCAUGACACACCUUGUUUUUCCAAUUGUUUGUAUAUAUUGUACAUGCUGUGUUUGAGUCACCAAAAACGCAAUGGCAAAAAUAAAUUAUUCUUAGAGAUAUAUUUUUUAUAAAAUGGAAACCCUUCACCAGUGAUGAGUUUGCACCCCUGUUGAUGAAAAUGGAAAAUACAAGGAUUGAUGAAGCUUUUUUUUUUAAGAAAAAUGAAAAAGAAUGAAACUUGAUGAAAAAGAAUGAGACAAUUCACCUUUAAGUUUGUAAACUGUCUUUCCUCAUACUGAAUGUGUGCUUUAAGGACUGAGCCCUAGUAUGCCUAUAACGUGUGUGUGCAUAUCACAUGCUUUACUGUACACUUCUGUGAAGGUGAUUUAUACUAAGACCACUGGGAAAAACACGGCAGGACCCUGGACGCUAGUGAAUGUACGAUCAAACACACCAGCUUUUGAAACCUUUAUGGAGGAAACGUUAACAAAUUUGCCAGCAGGGAAGCAGUUUUUUCCCUCAGGAUGUUGUCAAUACUGAAUAGAACUUCUUGAGGUUUGGAAAAAGUAUGAAAUUCCGAAGUGUAAAGACGAAUAAAUCCAGGUGCAUUUUGCUGUUGAUCCCAGUUACCAGCCUUCACACUCAUGAAAACUGGUCUUCGCACUGGUUCCUCUGAAAGCGUAAUGUGUUGUGUUGUCUUGAAAACAUGCUGUCUUGAAUGUGGUUUAACUGUAAAUGCGACAGUUUAUACUCUCUGUGCUAGUAUCAGGGGUCUGGUUCUGCUCUCAUCUGUGUCAUUUCACAGUGAUGCGGAUGUCUGAAGAACAUACUCUGCUAUCAAAACGAUGAUAUUUGUAUGAGUCAUUGUUGCUGUAUCUGCUGUAACAAGGAAUGGAGGUUGAAGUAUUUGGAAGUAAAAGAUUCUCAAAACUUUUUGAAGAAAUGUUCAAGAACUAUUGACUUGUUAUUUGCGUAGCAUGUUACUGUAGUUGGAAGUUGUCAGUAUUCAUUCUUGAACGUGCAACACAAAGGAAGUUAAUGCAGGAAAAAAUAACACAAAAAUGAACAAUUUUUGAUACAAGUGAUCACAACUCUCUUGGUCUUGUCUUUAUUUUCUUCAAAAGUUAUCAAAUGACGUUUUCAGUACAGUACAGAGUCAAAGUGCGAUGUGACACACAUAAAAUGGUUUUGUUGUGUAACAUGUCAAAUGAGACACAAUACACAUGGAGAAAAUGGCAUAGGUGAUAGCGACUCAUAAAAUAAACACGUUUAUACACAGUUUCCGACCCCCGUGUACAACAUCCAUGAACCUUGUCGACGGAUUUCCAUGUCUUCUCCUUCCUGGCAUGGCCAUCUCCAAAACUAUAUCUCCUCCUCAUAUUUACUCUCCACGUGUCUUCCCUACUGCGGUCUCAAAACUUCCCCCCACUAGUUUGAAUCAUCUGUUUCUUCAUUCAUAGUUGAAUAUCUGCAUCAAAUGUAGCACUUUUCUUUUGUGCUGCACAGUUGGUCACCGGCAGCUAAAUCAGUUCUAUGAUCAGAUUCGCAUCAGACGUUCAAGAAUAAAAGAUAACAUGAGCUCCAUUGUAGAGGUAAUAAUAAAGUUGCAGUUGCUCACUGUGGCCACUAUGUAGAAGCAGUUCUCUUGGAGGACAAGCAAGCAAAAAAAAAAAAGCACAUGACUGCUCAAGUCAAACCAGACGCAUUCCUGUUGAAAAUAUCUACAUUUUAGAAACAAACAAACAAAAAAAAAAUCUUUUUAAAAAUAUGUGGCAGACAACUCCGCAGAUCAAUCAUCCCAUGCUCCGGAUGAACACGUAAUUCGAGCAUGUUAGAGGGAUCCAUUUUCCACAGCAUAUCUAAGCUAUUUCAUUUCGGACGACACAGUAUAAACAGACUAGCACCACCAACUUUUGAAGAGAGGAGAACAGUGAAGACAAACAAACCGUUUUAUCUUGCUUGAACUUCACUUGCUCUGUCACUGCAUCACGUCCUUAUUCAACUGGCGGUCCUUUAUGACCACCCCUGUUUGGGCUGAGAAUGAAGAGCACACCAAAGAUUCUAAAACACCUACCAUAGCGUAGCUGUUAGGGGGAUUCAAGAGGGUACGGAACAUGAGAGAAAAACACCUCUAAACAUAUUUCAUCUUUCCAACCUCUAAAACGCUGUUAGUUAUAUCAACGAUAAUACUCAAGUUUUCCGUUUCCCUUUCAUGCAAAACAUCUGUCGUGCCUUGGCGAGGUAAAACGUUGGCCCAAUGAGCACCCCAAAUCUGGGGAGAAGGGUGCAAAAUUGAAAAAUAUGGCAAAGGAAGACUUCUAUUUCCCCAGUUGAGAUAAUGUACAGAAUUAUAGGAAUCACUCCGACAGUAGGUAGGUAGGAGGCUACAGUAGGCAGCACAACAAACAAGACAUUUGUCACCGCCUGCUUUUUUAUGGAGGACCUUGAUU